CGAAGAAUUUAAAUUUUCAAAAAUAUAUUAAUUCGUUGGUUUUUCAUUAGAAAUUCAUUGUAUAUAGCGUAUUUUGCAUAGAACGAAGAGAUUUUAAGAGAAUUGAAUGCGUUUAGAGUAUACCAAAUUAUUUCAUUUGAUAUGGCGUUUUUGAAGUAUGCCUGCGCAAAGUGACACUUCGACUCGGAAUAGUAUCCCUACUUGGAGCAUGUGUCAAACGAACCGCCGGUUAAACGGACACCUGCUAGCCUGCUGUCAUCUUAAUUUUCGGUGGCCUCGCUCUUCAGGGUGAAUUUAUACUCGGAGCGAGGAUGACGAAUUUACGUAAAUUCAUAGAUAUUGGGGCCAAUUUGAUUGAUCCUAUGUACCAAGGAAUAUAUCAUGGAUCUCGAAAGCAUCAGGCAGAUCUACAAAAUGUAUUAGAACGAUCAUGGAGUAACAAUCUUUCCAAGAUUAUCAUAACUGCUGGUAGCAUCGAGGAGAGCAAGAAAGCUCUUGAAUUAGCUAAAACUGAUGAACGAUUAUUUUCUACUGUUGGUUGUCAUCCAACAAGGUGCAACGAGUUUGAAGAAUCUGGUGAUCCUGAGGGAUACCUUAAAUCAUUAUGCGAUCUAGCUGUCGAAAAUCGGGAAAAGAUAAUCGCUAUAGGUGAAAUGGGUCUAGACUAUGAUCGAUUACAAUUUUGUUCCAAAGAUACUCAGAAGAAGUAUUUUGAGAUGCAGCUCUCUAUGUGUUCCAAGUUGAAACUUCCAAUGUUUCUUCACUGUAGAAAUGCUGGUGAUGACUUUGUACAAAUACUCAGGAAAUAUAAGAAUGAAUUAACAGCUGGCGUUGUACACUCCUUUGAUGGAAAUCCAGAGGAUGCCAACAGCAUACUUCAGCUUGGACUGUAUAUAGGUAUUAACGGCUGUUCGCUCAAAACCGAAGACAAUCUAUUCUCAGUAACAACGAUACCAUCCGACCGUCUUAUGAUAGAGACUGAUUGUCCCUGGUGCGAAAUAAGGCCGACACAUGCAGCAGCAAAACAUGUAAUUACACAUUUUCCAUCAGUGAAAAAGGAAAAAUGGCAGCCAGACCGAAUGGUUAAGGGUCGAAAUGAGCCAUGCACCAUAGUCCAAAUUUUGGAAAUACUGGCACGCGUUAGAGAUGAGGAGGAGGAAUACCUGUGCAACCAAAUAUACAAGAACACGAUGAAGCUUUUCUUCCCACACGAGUUGUAAAACAUCUCAGGACUGUAUUCUAUAUGUACGUUUCUCUCCUCACAGAGAAUUGCGGAUGCGCUUGCAUACGUAACUCAGUGGAACUUUUUGCCGCGUACGCUCGACAUUUUAAUUACAUGUACACGGCCGGCGCGUGAGGAGAAUUAUUAUACACUGCUGCAUUUACUUACAUUAUCGACUUUAAAGAAAUCUUUUACCAAGAGAAAAAAGGAAAAGCUUUCUGCAUUA